GUUCAUGUUUACCUUUAAAUUAGUUUUAGAAUCAUGUGCUACUUUUUUUAGCAUGAAUUGAAUUUAAUAUGAUAAAUUAUCUAGUCAAGAUCAAUAAGGUUGAAUUUUAUAAAAAUAAUUUUAAUACUACUUGAUUUUUAACUAUCUCUUAAAGUAAAAAAAAUUUAUAAAAAUAUUAUUACUACGCGCAUACGUAUAAAUUUAUCGAGUGACAAAUAGUGUUUACAUUGUAAUGCAAGAAACGUGAUUGAAUAAUAGGUUAUAUUUUAGAAAUAUUAUAAGAAAGUAUACCACAUAUAUGAUGACUGAAAUUGACAAAAAUAACCUCAAGGGUUUCAAAUCAUUAUGGAUUCAUUUCAAUGAAAAGAAUUUAGAUAGACAUCAAUUGUUUUUCAAAAAGCAUUGGAUAAAAAAACAAGAACCCGAUUAUCCAAGAGGUAGAACUUUAUUUGUUUUAAAUGUACCACCUUAUGCUACGACAGACUCAUUAAAGAAUGCAUUUACAAGAAUUUGCGGUGAAGUAACAUCCGUUGUAUUUACAACACUAGUUGGAUUUAGAACAGCUUAUAUAGUAUUUAAUAAUGAAUCUAGUUUAGAAAAAGCAUUGAAAUUAUCAAACGAUUAUGUGAUAUGUUUAAACACAGAAGAAGAAACAUAUUUAACAGGUUUAGCAAAAUGGUGUAAUGAAUACAAUGAUUCUAUACGAUCAGAAGAUGACAUAAAAAAAGAAAUAAAUAAAUAUAUGUCUACGUAUGAUCAGCAAAUUGCAGAUCGUAUUGCAAAACAGAAAGCUGAAAAAGAUAUGGAAGAAGAUGGAUGGGUGACAAUUACAAGCAGGAAGAAAAGAGGUCAAUUUGCACCUAGUAGAAAGGAAUCUACUAUAAACAAGAUACAAAAUAAAGAAGAACAAAAGAAUCAGAAGAAACAAUUGCUUAAUUUUUAUACAUUUCAAAUUCGUGAAUCGAAAAAACAACAUUUGGCAGAAUUACGAAAGAAAUUUGAAUUAGACAAGAAAAGAUUACAGGAACUUAAAAAGAAACGAACUUUUAAGCCAUUUUGAAUUAAUAUAUAUAUAUAUAUAUAUAUAUAUAUAUAUAUAUAUAUAUAUACUGUUUAUAAUUAAG